AUGGAUUCAUACCGCUCUACUGUCUCUACAAAUGGCGGUGAGAACAGGGUAUCUAUCCUAACCGAUAGACUUGUGCGCCUACAGUCAAAGAUAGAGCAAAACAGACUAACUAAGAUAGACGCAAUACAAACAGAGAUCGAGGACUGCGAGGAGCGUUUAGAUGAAGCAGAAGCAUACCGAGAGGACGAAAUGCAGAAAAUAAAGGAGUAUCUGGUCAAGCUUUUCGAACUCAUUGGCAGCGAGAAGAGGGCAAUGGCGUAUGUCCAGGAUAGCAAGACGAUAGAGCUCCGUGAUGUUGAUGACGUUAUGCAGGCGACAAUAGGAGACUUCAAGGUGUCACAAAAGGAGUCCACAUCGAGGAUGACCACUGUCUCGGAAAAAUACUAUGAAGAAAUGGAUACACUCGUUGCGGCCUUAAUUGCAGAGCAGAAUGAGACAUACGCACGAAAUAAGAAAACAAUGGAGACAGAUCUCCUACAGCUGCAGGAGGAAUUAGAGCAGGAGGAGCUCAUGUCUUCCACCAUUCUAUCAGAACUCGAGACGACUGCACGCAAUAGCAUCGCGGAGUUACGCCAACGACUAAAGUCUUUAGAGCAUGAACGCAAGAAGGCUGAAAUACAAAUUAAAAAUCUCAUAGUUGAGGUUCAGUCUCGGCUAGACACCCAGAUUGCCAAAGAGACACAGGAGCGCGAAGAGAUUGAGCAGACCAUGCUGUCUAUUGUAGAACAAACUGCAGUGGGGUAUCUUAACAUGAAUGAUAACGUUUAA